GAUUCCUCUCCCAUCACUCCGCCAAAAGCCUUUCCAAAAACCCUUCUCGCCUUCCCCCUCCCCGUUCUCCGCUGCGGCCCGGCCAUGGCGGCCGCCUCUCGAUCCCUCGCCGGCAUGGAGGUUCCCAUCGCCGGAAGCGAAAAGGUCCGAUGGAUCGAUCUCAUCGUCCCUUCCUCCUCCUCCAUGCCGUCUCCUCCUCAGCUCCCUUCGUCCCAGCCCUCCGCCCCUACGGCCUUCCGGAACGCCGCUUCUUGUCACGUUAUCCCUGGAGAUCCUCCGGCCUAUCUCAUCUGGAGGCUUCAUAAGAAUCUUCCAAAUGUCCUUGAGGUGGUUGAGCUUUUUCCACAUAAAGAAUUUCCUGAGACCGGACUGCACCUUGUAUUUCAGGACGCACUCUGUCCCUUUGCCUUUUUAUGCAAAAAUGAGAUUCAGAGCGGAGCAGGAAAUGGUUACUUGCUUUAUGCACUGACAGUUUCAGGAGUUGCUUAUCUUUUCAACUUGAGAAGUCCAUUAUCUUAUAUAUCUGGUUCCACCUUCCCUCAGAAUGAGCUUGUAGAGUUUAAUGUUCAAACUCAUGUACAAAUUGGAAACAUUACAGCGGUAACAGCAGCGCCAGGAUGCAUAGUAAUUGGGCGACAAGAUGGAUCAAUUGGCUGCUACCAACUUGGAAUACUAGAUCCAAGUGCACCAGGUUUCAUGAAUGAGCUUCGUGAUGAUGUUGGGAUUGGUCGCUUAUGGAAUCUUGUGUCAAGGGGAAAGGUUAUUGGGGCUGUGCAAGAUAUGGUGAUAUCUGGAAUUUGUGGAAGAAAAUUGCUAUUUGUUCUUCAUUUGGAUGGAAUCUUGCGUGUAUGGGAUCUUGUUAGUCGCAUGAAGAUUAUCAGUGAUAAUGUUAGCUCAAGUGAACUGGAAGGAUCUAAUCCCUCCAGGUUAUGUGUUGGUGAUGCCAAUCAUGAUACAAACCUAAUUUGUUUGGCAAUUUUACAUGAAGGCAUUUUGGUAUCUGAUAGGAAGAUGGUCGCUUUGCAUCAUUUCGGUUUUAGUGCUGGAGAAAAGGUCUUGUUAUCGCCAGAGCCUGCGAUGCAGAAUAUCCACUUGGAGGAGGGAAAACUCAUUGACUGGAAACUCCAUUCCAGCAAACUCUGGAUACUUAAGGAUGAUGGAUCAAUGCUGUAUGAUCUAUCUUAUUUUGAUUAUAACGUGGAACACACAGGUACUUAUAAUUUGCAAGAAGACUUUGUCGCUGACCAACUAUUUCAAAGUUCCGAACAUGCUUUAGACGACUUAAUAUGGACCAACAGUUCUAUUUUUUCUUCAAUUAAGGAUCGAACUGCCUAUUUUAUCUCGUCAAUAUUUUUGCGGAGGUUACUCCAACCUGGGGUGUAUCAUAGUUCUGCUCUACGUGCAACAAUUUUGGAGCAUAAGAAGUACCUAUCUGACCAUGAAUUUAAGUCUCUUACUGUGGCUGGAUUGAAAAAAGAGAUUUUUACAAUUAUUGAAGGCGAGGGAGCUACUUUGAAUUCUAGUUCAGCCGUUUAUCACUGGAAGAGUUUUUGUUCAUGUUUCUUUGGCCACUGGUGUCAAAACAGUAUGCCAUACGGGUUGCUUCUCGAUUCUUCAAAUGAUGUAAUUGGUUUAAUCAGGAAGAGCUCAAUUUCUCUAUUCCGUUCUUUGGAAGGCGCCGAACACAUUAUUUAUGGUUCUUCUGAUGAAUUUCAAAACCUAAAAUGUUCUGGGAUGAUUUUGCCAGAUAGUGACAUUGAUUCUGAAACCCUUUUUGAAGCACUUAGAUGUAUGAGUCAUAUCAAUCACCAAUUAGGCAGAGCUGCUACUGCUAUAUUUUAUGAAUCUCUUGUCAGUCCUAUUGUUCCAUCUGAUGAUAUCAUUUGCCAGUUAUUGAAGAUACUGGAAACUGGGUACAGUCCAUCAUUGGCAACAUCUCUAAAAUCGCAAAUUGGAGUUGAUGCUACUUGGGAGAAGCAGCAGAUGGCUCACAAAAGUCAAAGAAAGUUUGCAGUUGAGAUGUUGUUGUCUCUUCAUAGUUUGCGUACAAAAGCUACUAACUGGUCUGGAGUUUUAAAUGUCAUAGAAAAAUACUUGAAGUAUCUGACCCCGCAUAAAAGCACCCAAAAUUUUGAUUCCAAAGGAAUUUACAAUAUCAUCUCUUCUGUAUUAGUUCUAACUACCUCCCAAGUUGCAAGAGCGAUGUUUGAGUCAGCUUUUGAUGUACUUCUGCUUCUGGGGUAUCUGGUCAAUGUCUGUGGACAGGUGUAUAUGAUGCAAACUGAUGUUGCUCGCAUAAAACUUAAAUUAAUUCCACUGAUUCAGGAAAUACUUAUGCAAUGGCUUAUUCUCCAUUUUAUGACAAUUACACCAACUACUCCACCAACAGUGGAGGAUUUCAGCUCUCGUCUUUCUUCAUUAAAUAUAGGUAACAAAACUGAUAAAAGAUCUUUGGAUGGAAAGCUUGGUUCAUCUGAUUUUACAUUGGCUUGUUUGCUGGAUUUCCCAUGCUUCUCUGAAGGAGAAGACUUUCUUUAUUCAAAAUCUUUUCCUAAUCCGAGCAAAUUAAUUCACUUAGUACAAAAAUUCAGCAGUUUGGUUGUAUGGGGCAAGACUGGUGAAGAAUUUCCUUUUUCCUCAAAACCUACACUUGAGCUAGCAUCACUUCUACUUUGCCAUGGCCAAUAUGAAGCUGCUGAGAAUCUUUUUCUUAUUAUUGAUGCCCACUUAAGUAGUAGAAAGUCAUCCCAAAAUGCUCAAAGUACUGAUGGUGAAUGGUGUGCGCGCCUUCAUCUUCUGGGAUAUUGCCUUCUUGUGCGGGCAAAAGGCAGGCUUCAUGGAACCCUUAAAGAGCAGAAAAUAAGUGAAUCCAUCCGUUGUUUUUUCAGAGCUGCAUCUGGACAGGGAGCACCACAAUCUUUGCAAAAUCUCUCUUUUGAAACUGGCCUCCAAUAUUCUGGAGAACAUGGAUCUAUAGCAGUCUGGAGACUUCAUUAUUAUCAAUGGGCAAUGCAGAUUUUUGAGCAAUAUGGUGUCAAUGAAGGAGCUUGUCAGUUUGCUCUUGCUGCUCUUGAGCAAGUGGAUGUUGUUCUUAAUUUGAGUGAUGGUAACAAUGAUGACGACCUCCUUCCUGAACCUGCAACUACAAUUCGGGGACGGCUAUGGGCGAAUGUCUUUAAAUUCACCUUAGAUAUGAAGCAAUAUGGAGAUGCCUAUUGUGCCAUAAUCUCGAAUCCAGACGAGGAUAGCAAAUACAUAUGCCUGAGGCGUUUUGUUAUUGUUCUUUGCGAACUUGGCGAAGCUAAGGUUCUUUGUGAUGGCAAGCUGCCAUUUGUGGGAUUCGCAGAAAAAGUAGAGCAGGAGCUUGUUUGGAAGGCUGAACGCUCAGAUAUUUCUGCAAGGCCAAAUCUAUACAAACUGCUUUAUGCUUUUGAAGUGCAUCGAAACAACUGGAGAAAGGCUGCUAGUUACAUGUACCGAUACUCUGUGAGAUUGAAGAAAGAAGCAACCUUGGAUGGAAGACACCUGCUUUCUUCAGCAUUACAAGAGAGGCUACAAGCAUUGGCUGCUGCAAUCAAUGCUCUGCAACUUGUUGAUCACGCUUAUGCUUGGAUUGACUCUCAAUAUGGUGAUAACUUUACUCAUGAUCAAGGUUCCCCAAAUAAAAAGCCUAGAAAUGUCCUGACAGCAAAUUCUGCUUCUGUUGAUGGUGCUCCUCAGUCUUGGGGGCUGCAAUACUGUGUUGAUAUUGAAAUGCUUGAAAAGGAGCAUGUGCUAACAUCAGCGCAAUAUCUGCUUGCUCUUGUGAAUGAUAAGUUCAAGUUUUCUGGAACCCAAGCACUGGGAAAUUUGGUGGAUGUUCUGAUCCAGGAAAAUAUAUAUGACAUGGCUUUUACGAUAAUAGUCAAAUUUUGGAAGGGUUCCGGACUAAAAAGGGAAUUGGAACGGGCCUUUGUUGCUAUCUCACAGAAAUGCUGUCCAAAUAGAGCAGGCUCCUCUGUUAUAGGGAGCAAUGUAAAAGCCAGCAACCUUCUGCUGCCAUCUUCUGAGGAUGACACAUAUGCUGAUGGAAAGCUAAAUUCUAGUCCUGUAAUUCAUCAAUUCAAGGGAAAUGGCCAGUGGGAAACACUUGAAGUCUAUCUUGAGAAAUACAGAAAGUUGCAUUCAAGAUUGCCGGUGACUGUUGCUGAAACACUUCUAUAUACUGAUCCUCAGAUUGAGCUGCCUCUUUGGUUGGUUCAUAUGUUCAAGGGUGGACGGAGGGCAAUGUCCUGGGGGAUGACUGGCCAGGAAGCAGAUGCAGCAACCUUAUUCAGACUCUAUGUGGAUUAUGGUCGACAUGCUGAAGCUACAAACUUGUUGCUCGAGUACCUAGAAUCCUUUGCAUCUUUGAGACCAGCCGAUGUAGUCAAUCGAAAAAAGAUGUCGGCGAUUUGGUUUCCUUACACAACAAUUGAACGGCUGUGGUCCCAGCUUGAGGAGUUGCAGAGUGCAGGUCACAUGGUUGAGCAAUGUGACAAACUAAAAAGAUUGUUGCGUGGAGCUUUGAAGAGCCACCUAAAACAGGUGGAGAUGGACUCGGAGGAUGCGCUAUCCUCUGCAGCUGGAGAAGAAACACAGAAUUCCAGCAGCUAGGUGCGGUGGAAGUAGUCUCGAAUUUAUUGUUGUUUGUGGACUUGUAUUUAAUCUAGUUGCUGUUAAUAUGGGCACCAGUACUUCUUAUGUUAUUUACCUGUUGUUUUGCUGGACUGAUUGGAAGUAUUUUUCCCAACAGAAACCUGAUGACCUGUAAUGGAAUGGGGUCUUGCUUCUGGCUGAUGACUGAUGCUGAUUUUGAACCCAUGUGUCGCUAAUGGAUGAUGUUAUGAUGGCAGUUACAAUGAUCUCGGUCUGUCUUCUCGCUCUAUGAGCACAAUUUAAAAUGGAAUGGUAGUAAAACGUUGGCUUGCCAUUUUGAAAAAAAGUAUAAAUCGAUUUUUGUUUGUCAAUUAAAUUUGAAUAUGUAUUCAUGACA